GAGCAGCACUCAGUUGGCUAACGGACGCCGGAGCGGGCACCUCUUGACUAAAUCAUAGACGAGCAACUAACUAAAUAGCAAACGCGUAUCGCCACGUAACGUAACGUCACGUAACUUAACGUAACAUAAGCUCAGCAAUAGCCAAGACGAAAAAAAGUGCAAAUAAUUAAAAGCAGUCAACUUAAGUGCACAGCGAUCGAUAUGGAAGCGCCCGAAUUCAAAGACUUUGCCAAGUCAAUGGUUGACUAUAUAGCCGAUUACCUGGAGAAUGUGCGCGACAGGCGGGUACUGCCCGAGGUGAAGCCUGGCUAUUUGCAGCCAUUGAUACCAGAUGCUGCACCAGAGAAGCCGGAGGAUUGGCAGGAUGUGAUGAAGGACAUUGAGAGAGUCAUCAUGCCGGGUGUGACCCACUGGCACAGUCCCAAGUUCCAUGCCUAUUUCCCGACAGCCAACUCGUAUCCAGCCAUCGUAGCGGACAUGCUGAGUGGAGCGAUUGCUUGCAUCGGAUUCACUUGGAUAGCGAGUCCGGCCUGCACGGAGCUGGAGGUGGUUAUGCUCGAUUGGCUGGGCAAGAUGCUGGAUCUGCCAGCGGAAUUUUUGGCCUGCUCUGGAGGAAAAGGUGGCGGUGUCAUUCAGGGAACAGCCAGCGAGUCGACUCUGGUGGCUCUGCUGGGCGCCAAGGCCAAGAAGAUACAGCAGGUAAAGAAGGAGCAUCCGGAGUGGGAUGAGCACACAAUCAUUGGCAAGCUGGUGGGCUAUUCCUCGGCCCAGGCCCAUUCCUCUGUGGAGCGAGCUGGUCUCUUGGGCGGCGUCAAGUUGCGUUCAGUUCCGGCUGAUGAGCACAAUCGUCUGCGUGGCGAUGCCUUGGAGCAGGCAAUUAAAGAGGAUUUGGCUGCUGGCCUAAUACCCUUUUACGCUGUUGUCACCUUGGGCACGACUAACUCGUGCGCCUUCGAUCGACUGGAUGAGUGCGGUGCUGUGGCCAACAAGUACAACGUGUGGGUUCAUGUGGAUGCGGCCUAUGCAGGCUCAGCUUUCAUCUGCCCCGAGUACCGUCACCACAUGAAGGGCAUCGAGACUGCCGAUUCCUUCAACUUCAAUCCACACAAAUGGAUGCUGGUCAACUUUGACUGCUCGGCCAUGUGGCUGAAGGACCCCAGUUGGGUGGUAAACGCUUUCAAUGUUGAUCCCCUGUACCUAAAGCACGACAUGCAGGGCUCCGCGCCUGACUAUCGCCACUGGCAAAUCCCAUUGGGUCGCCGUUUCCGCGCCCUCAAGCUCUGGUUCGUGCUGCGUCUGUACGGUGUUGAGAAUCUGCAGGCACAUAUCAGACGCCACUGCGGCUUUGCCAAGCAGUUCGGUGAUCUCUGCCAGCAGGACAAGCGCUUUGAGCUGGCUGCAGAAGUGAGCAUGGGCCUGGUUUGCUUCCGGCUAAAGGGCAGCAACGAGCGCAACGAAGCGCUGCUGAAGCGGAUCAAUGGACGUGGCAACAUUCACAUGGUGCCCGCUAAAAUACGCGACGUUUACUUCUUACGCAUGGCCGUCUGCUCGCGUUUCACACGAUCCGAGGACAUGGAGUACUCCUGGAAGGAAGUCAGCGCUGCAGCCGAUGAACUGGAAAAGUCUGAGGCAGCUGAAAAGCAGUAAAGAGACAGUUAUUGCUCCAACUAUAUAUAAAUUGACAUGUUUAGGGAAUAUAACCAUGGCUCAUAUAUAAUAUAUUUAAGUACUUCAAAUAUCUCCACACAUACAUACAUACAUACAUAUAUACAAAAUAUUGUUGAGUAUUAGUGUAUCAUCAAAUAUCAUUGUUAUCGUUGUUGUUCUUUAAACGCUUCUCGUAUUUAAUAAAUGUGCUUAAUUAAUCAUUAUCAUAUAA